AUGGCGGACAAUCCUUGUAUUUUGGUGAAAAGAUUCGACUCCGAUCUAAGCUGCUGUGGUAUUGUUUUAGAUAGCGAAAAUGGCAUUGUAUUAACAGUUGCAUCUUUGUUUACUGAUUUAUUGUCUAAAAUUGAAACACAACCGUCGUUUUCCAAGCACUGGCGUGUACUUUUCCAAGAUGAUUUUGGGACGCCCCGGACGUCGCGAAAAGGCGAAUUUGCAGUUGAAGUUGUGUUGCGAAGGUACAAUCAGGAAAAAUUUCAAACGCUUCAAGGUUUCCUGGUGUUAUUUUGGAGAGAUGUGGGGCUGCAAAAGAUCGCAGAACGUAUUUUUCCGUCUUCGGAGUGGAAAUUCGAAUCAUUGAACCCCGUUAGUAGUGAACUGAAACAACCACAUUUGACUGAAGGAAACGCGCAGCAAAAACAGAACGAAGUCUUUGCACAUCAAAGUGCUCUGUGCGAUUUUGUUCUAAUUUAUGUGAAGGAUCUUGAGAAGCAUUUGUCCUGUGAACCUCUGGUCAUACGGCCUAAUUAUGCACGGCCAAAGAGAGGUGACCCUGUGUUUGUUGUAGGUACCCCGUUUGGAUGUGAGUGCCCUGUGGUAUUCUACAAUAGCGUUUCCAAAGGUAUAGUUUCAAACUUAGCAGGAGCUAACAAUGAAGUAAUAAUCACUGAUGCACGGUGCAUUCCAGGAAGUGAAGGAUGUACAAUGUAUCUUAGCAGUUCACAGUCUUCAUCAUCUGUAGAAAAUAGCAAAAGACCAUAUGGAAUUAUUUUGGCACCAUUUUGUUGGAGAAAUGGGGAAUGGAUUGGAAUCACUGUGGCGUGUUCAUUAGACUACCUUCUGGACAAUUUGGGAAAACGUUUGGCUACUAAAUUUGCUGUGAUGCCCAAAAAACUUGCAGGACUCUCAAGAGAUUUUAUUCCCCAAGAGAACAUGUGCUGUGAUGUAGCAGAGAUGGAAAAGAAAGACAUGAUUUCAUCUACUCUACGGUCAAGUGCAGGUAGUUUGAAUACCCGUGAUAUUAUUCAUGCAGCACUUGAUGGUGUUGUUAGAGUACAGUGUGGUAGCACAUGGGGUUCUGGGAUUGUUUUAGAUGCCGAUGAAGGUCUCAUAGCAACAUGUAGUCAUGUGAUUUCUGGAUACCAAAGCCAUAACAGAGAUGAGAACAACAACAAUACUCAACAUUCAAGCAGCACCACCCCAAGCCUUGUAUCAUGCAUGUCAUCAAGUGGCAUCUAUCACAAUGCACAAAUUCUUUAUGCUACAAAGGAAGGCUUUCCACUAGAUUUUGCAGUUCUAAGAAUCCAACCAAGUACUUUGUUGAGAUCUUUUAAGUCAAGAACAAUGGCAGGUAUCCCUCAGAGCUCAUCAAUUCCUUUGUAUAAGAAAGGAGAAGGGGUCUAUGUCAUUGGUUUCCCUCUGUUUGCCAGCAAUCAAAAUGCCAAGCCAUCAAUUGUUUCUGGGGUGAUAUCAAACAUAGCUUAUGCUAACAGCCAUCCUGUGUUACUGCAGUCUAGUGCUGCAGUGCAUUGUGGGGCUAGUGGAGGGGCAUUAGUUUCUAUGGUGACAGGAGAACUGCUAGGAAUGGUGACAAGUAAUACAAAAGAUGUCAAUAUGGCAUCAGCCUUCCCCCACGUCAACUUUAGCAUUCCUGCUGAUUUGUUGCACAAGCUUGUUGUAGCCAUCAAGAAUGGAAGAAGUGUUGGGGAAGAUCUGAAAACUCUUGUUUCAGAUAGUGCAGCAAGUAUUUGGAAAUUAAACAGCAUUGAACAUGAGAACCCUAACAUUAUUAGUAAACUCUAA